AUGGUUCCAUAUCAAUCUGAUUUGCAGGGCAGCACCGGUACGGCGGCCACGAUGGACGCCGGCACUGCGGCCGACCCCAUCACGCGGUGGCCGUUGUUCGCGUACCUGGGCGGCGCGAUGGUGUGCCUGCUGACGAGCAGCGUCUGCCACCUGAUCCUGUGCCACUCGGAGCGCACGGCGUACGUGACGCUCCGGCUGGACUACGCCGGCAUCGCCGCGCUGAUCGUCACCUCCUUCUACCCGCUGGCCUACUACUCCUUCCUCUGCGACCCGGCGCUGCGGCGGCUCUACAUGGAUGGAAGGGCGAUGGCGCUCGGCACGCGCGCGUCAAUCGCGGCGCCAGUGGCGAGCGGGUGCGCGAUCGCGGCACGGGGCGGGGACUCGCGCGGAUGUCUUUCCUUGCGCGAGGCAGAUGGCAGCGGGCUGAGAAGGACAAUACACGUGAUCCUGAUUGGCGGAUUUGGUGAGUGGAGGAGGGAUAUCUCAGUGGGAGAGGUUAUAUGGUGUGGAUUUAGCAAUGUUUAUGAUGGUGCAUUAGUAGAGUUUUGGAUUCUAAUGUCGGGUGCUUUUGCGUCUAGGAGAGAUGAGAAUAUUGUGCCCUCAUUCCUGAUUGUGAUCAGUGGGCAGUGA